AUGGCCAUGUUCUCCGCCACGGCAACUAACAAGGAGGAAAUUCCAGCUCCUCCCCUGUUUUUGGAGGUCUUGACCGAUCAAUGGGCUCGCCCCUCCAAUUUCUCUGCUCCAGGGAGUAAUGACUGCCGGCACUAUAACGUGGAGCAGACCUUUGCCCAGGCCAUUCAAUUGCCUGCCUUUGACACCCCAGUGGCCGCCCUUGUUUCUGCCUCUCCGGUGGUUUCAGGUGAUGCGGUGGAUAAGAUGAAGCCGGAGGAUAAGCGUGCUGAGCUUACCUUGAGGAAGACUUUUAAUGCCACUGCAUGGGCUAUCAAAUCCGUGGCCUCGGCCUCCUACUUUAACCGCGCCACUGUCAUGUGGCUUAAGAAGCUUCAGGAGCUCAUUCCCAUCCAGGACGAGCGGAUCCACCAAGAUCUCUUUAAGCUUGCCAGUUCUCCGCUGAUGCGACCCUGGACACGGACAGGAAUCGAUUCCAGGGCCACUCCAGGUGGCCCUUUCGUGGGGGAGGCGGUCGUCCCUUCCGCAGGGGGAAGUGACUCGAACCCGAGUCGUCCCAUUGGCGGCCGCCUCUCCCUCUAUGCGGAUCAAUGGGACGAGAUCACGUCGGAUGCUUGGGUCCGAGCCACAGUUCGUCACGGUCUCAGGUUAGAAUUUCUCUCCACUCCUCUGAACCUCUUCCGGUCGUUCCCUCCGUCUUGGAGUCGGGAGCGCCACCGCCUGAUGGAUCAGGCAAUCACCCACCUUCUCGACAUUCGGGCGGUGGAGGCGGUUCCUCUAGGGGAACGAGGCCUGGGCCACUACUCCAACCUCUUCGUGGUUCCGAAGAGCACAGGGGGCUGGAGGGCGAUUCUAGACCUCAAGCGCCUGAACAGGUUUCUGGUGUACAGACGCUUCAAAAUGUCAUCCCUCAAAUCUAUCCUUCAGGGCAUCAGGAAGGGGGACUUCCUGGCCUCUGUGGAUCUCACGGAGGCCUAUCUUCACAUUCCCAUCCUGCCCGCUCAUCGCCAGUUCUUGAGGUUCUCUCACAAGUCCCGUCACUACCAGUACAGGGCUCUGCCCUUCGGCCUGGCCUCGGCCCCACGGACCUUCACGAAGGUUCUGGCGGCUCAUCUGCGGUCUGUGCCGGUUUGUCUCCAGUGUUAUUUAGACGAUGUCUUGGUUCAGGCCCUUCCUCAGGCCGUCUCGGAUCUUUGGCUCACCAUUUGGAGCCUUCAAGGCCUGGGCUUUUCGGUGAACUUCGCCAAGAGCCAUCUUUCCCCCUCCACUCACAUUCUGCACCUGGGGACAGUCAUAGAUUCCAAGUCGGGGGUGGUGAGUCUGUCUCAGGAACGGCAGGACAGCCUCCGUCGUCUGGUGGAAAGCGUUCGCGCAAGGCGGUCCACUUCCAUCCUCUCUCUGUCACAGUUAUUGGGCAAGAUGGUCUCUUGCAUCGGGAUUGUCCCGUGGGCCAGGCUUCAUCUCAGGCCCCUCCAGUGGGAACUCAUCCCAUUUCAGAGGGGACAAUUGAGCAAUUCUCUUCGGUCUCUCCGCAUCUCGGCAGGAGUCCGUGCCUCCCUGGCGUGGUGGCUUUCCCCGGCCAUUCAGCGGGGGUGUUGUAUCUGGGAGCCGGACAGGGUGACCGUCACCACGGACGCAAGUCUGUUCGGGUGGGGGGCUCUGGUGGGCUCCCAGAUGGCGCAGGGCAGAUGGACGGCCACGGACCUCCGCCACAACAUCAAUUGGCUGGAGCUGAAGGCUGCGCGGCUGGCCCUGAGUCACUUCCACUCCUCGGUGGAGGGGCGCCACGUUCUCCUCCUGACAGACAAUGUUGCCACCAAGGUGCACAUCAAUCGUCAGGGUGGGACCCACUCGAGAGCUCUCUGGCUGGAGGCUCUGCGGUUGGGGUCCUGGGCAGAGAAGCACCUGCAGUCCCUGGUGUCGGAGCACAUCUCGGGGCUCUCCAACGUCCAGGUGGACUGGCUCAGUCGAGCGACUCUGGACAACGGCAAGUGGCAACUCCACCUGUCGCUGUUCCAGAGGAUCUGUCGACGGUUCGGGCCCCCUCAGGCUGUAUAUAUGAUGCCUACUGAAGGAGACGACUCUUCAAAAAGUGUCCCUUUAGCGUUGCAGAGAGUCUUCUAUGAACUUCAACAUAGCGACAAACCAGUAGGAACCAAGAAGCUAACGAAAUCUUUUGGAUGGGAGACUUUAGACAGCUUCAUGCAACAUGAUGUUCAGGAAUUAUGCCGAGUGUUGCUUGAUAAUGUUGAAAACAAAAUGAAAGGCACCUGCGUCGAAGGGACCAUCCCUAAAUUGUUCAGAGGGAAGAUGGUGUCCUAUAUCCAGUGCAAACACGUAGACUAUCGAUCUGAACGAAUAGAGGAUUAUUAUGAUAUUCAACUUAGUAUAAAAGGAAAGAAAAAUAUCUUUGAGUCUUUCAUAGAUUAUGUUGCAGUGGAGCAGCUGGACGGAGACAAUAAAUAUGAUGCAGGGGAACAUGGUUUGCAGGAGGCAGAAAAAGGGGUGAAAUUCCUCACGUUGCCACCAGUGCUGCACCUACAGCUCAUGCGUUUCAUGUACGAUCCCCAAACGGACCAGAACAUCAAAAUAAACGACAGGUUUGAAUUUCCAGAUCAGUUGCCUCUGGAUGAAUUCUUGCAAAAAACUGAUCCUAAAGAUGCUGCAAAUUAUAUUCUUCACGCAGUGCUCGUACACAGUGGUGACAACCAUGGGGGGCAUUAUGUUGUUUACUUGAACCCAAAGGGGGAUGGAAAAUGGUGUAAAUUUGAUGACGACGUUGUAUCUAGAUGUACAAAAGAAGAAGCAAUUGAGCAUAACUAUGGAGGCCAUGAUGAUGACCUCUCUGUGCGGCACUGCACCAACGCAUACAUGUUGGUUUAUAUCAGGGAGUCAAAACUAAGUGAGGUUUUGCAAGCAGUCACAGAUCAUGAUAUUCCUCAGCAGCUGGUGGAACGAUUGCAGGAAGAAAAAAGAAUAGAGGCCCAAAAGAGAAAGGAGAGGCAAGAAGCCCAUCUCUAUAUGCAAGUACAGAUAGUAACAGAGGACCAGUUCUGUGGCCAUCAAGGCAAUGACAUGUACGAUGAAGAAAAAGUGAAGUACACAGUGUUCAAAGUCUUGAAGAAUUCCACACUGACAGAAUUUGUUCAAAAUCUUUCCCAAACAAUGGGCUUCCCGCAAGAUCAGAUACGGUUGUGGCCGAUGCAAGCACGAAGCAAUGGGACAAAAAGACCGGCCAUGUUAGACAAUGAAGCUGAUGGCAAUAAAACUAUGAUUGAGCUCAGCGACAAUGAAAACCCAUGGACAAUAUUCCUUGAAACAGUAGAUCCAGAAAUGGCUGCUACGGGAGCAACAUUACCCAAGUUCGACAAAGACCACGAUGUGAUGCUGUUCCUGAAAAUGUAUGAUCCAAAGACACGAAGUUUGAAUUAUUGUGGACAUAUCUACACACCUAUAUCCUGCAAAAUACGUGACUUGCUGCCAGUUAUGUGUGAAAGAGCAGGAUUUCCCCAAGAAUCUAAUCUUAUCCUCUAUGAGGAAGUUAAACCGAAUUUAACAGAGAGAAUUCAAGACUAUGAUGUUUCCCUCGACAAAGCUCUUGACGAACUCAUGGACGGUGACAUCAUUGUAUUUCAAAAGGAUGACCCCGAAAACGACAACAGUGAAUUAGCAACAGCAAAAGAAUACUUCCGAGAUCUCUACUACCGAGUCGACGUCAUCUUUUGUGAUAAAACUAUCCCUAAUGAUCCUGGUUUUGUGGUCACGUUAUCCAACAGAAUGAAUUAUUUUCAGGUUGCAAAGACCGUGGCUCAAAGGCUUAAUACGGAUCCUAUGCUGCUGCAGUUUUUCAAGUCCCAAGGUUACAGGGAUGGUCCUGGUAACCCUCUUAGGCAUAAUUAUGAUGGAACUUUAAGAGAUCUCCUGCAAUUCUUCAAACCCAGACAACCUAAGAAACUUUAUUAUCAGCAGCUUAAAAUGAAAAUCACAGACUUUGAAAACAGGAGAAGUUUUAAGUGCAUAUGGCUAAACAGCCAAUUUAGGGAAGAGGUAAGCCCUUUCAUCUGUUGUUGUGUUCAGAAUGAUCAAAUGGCAAAGUUAUGGCCUAUCUACCACUGUGCAAUUGGCAAACCAUACACAGGUGCAGAAAUUCCUUUGGACCAGGUAGAGCUCGAUAAGGAGAAUGAGAUGCUAAUUACAGUGGCUCAUUUCCAGAAAGAGGUUUUUGGAACAUUUGGCACCCCUUUCUUGCUAAGAAUACACCAGGGUGAGCAUUUUCGAGAAGUGAUGAAGAGGAUUCAGACAGUCCUGGACAUCCAAGAGAAGGAAUUUGAAAAGUUUAAGUUUGCUAUUGUAAUGAUGGGCCGGCACCAGUAUCUUAAUGAAGAUGAAUAUGAAGUGAACUUGAAAGAUUUUGAGCCCCAACCCGGCAACAUGUCUCAUCCCAGGCCAUGGCUCGGGCUCGAUCAUUUCAACAAAGCCCCAAAGAGAAGCCGCUACACGUACCUUGAAAAAGCUAUUAAAAUCCAUAACUGACUUACCCUCUCCAGUUUGUUCGAGGCAAAAAGGGGCAACGAUAAGUGUGUGUGUGUGCGUGCGUGUGUGUGUGUGUGCGUGCGUGCGCGCACCUUUUUAACAACUGUAGGACUUUUGGUACACGUGCACUUGAGAUCGGGAGUCUCCAGCAAGACAAUUUGCUGCUGAUUUAUUAAUUUUAUUUUGAGGCUGUUCAGUUUGGCUUCUCUGUAUAUCUAUUAUUGACUGCCCUCUAUUUUCUUUUUUCUUUUUUUUUGAGCAAAAAAAAAU